AUGAUGUCGACCAGUACACCGAGUUCAACGUUGAACAGCGAAACUACAUCGUGCACCAAUUCCACGACCUGUGUCAACGACACAGAAUGCCCAACAGAUUCUUUGCACGGUCUCAUAGAUGACGGGUCUCAGAAAAUAUCCGUCACCGACUGUACCGGGAAUGAGUGUUCUAUGUCUUGCACAGAUAAUAAUACGAAUGGACAGAAGAAACAAAAAUCGAUUUAUUUCAAUACAAUAGGACGAAUGGUGUGGGCGAUAAUAUUAAUAAUAAUAUCUAUAAGUGGAUUUAUAUUCCCACCGCUGGACGUCAUGCUCUGGGAAAGAUUGAACAUGAGACCAGGUUUCCCCCCUUUCGAAUGGUGGGCGGAUCCCCCAGAUGAGGUGAAAAUGAGGGCCCACAUUUUCAACAUCACAAACCACGAGAGGUUUAUGAAUGGGUUGGAUGCCAAGAUGAAUGUUCAGGAAAUCGGUCCAAUAGUAUACUUAGAAAAACUUAAACAUUCCAAUAUGAAAUUCAACGAAAACGGCACAUUGACGUACACGGCAGAGAGAUAUCUGAUUUACCUUCCGGAUGAGAACACCAUCAAUCUAAACGACACAGUGAUCGUUCCGAAUCUGGCGUUGCUGGGUAUUUCGUCCUAUCUUCACGACGCUAACUAUUUCGUCCGCACCGGUUUCAAAUUAUUAGUAAACACACAUGGAAGUGAAUUCUUUCUCAAGAGAACUAUUUAUGAAUAUCUCUGGGACUACAGGGACGCUCUCCUGGAAACGUCUAGAAAUUUGGCACCAGCCAUCGUGCCUUCGACGAACAUGGGCAUGCUGAGUAAAAUAUACGCAGACUUUACGGACGAAGUGACAGUUAAAAUUGGCCCACAGUGGGGACACGAGAACUUCUUCCAAAUCGAUAAACUUAGGGGACUCCCACACCUUACUGGAUACGAUCCUAAUAAAUGUCCAGACACACUAGCAGGUUCAACGGAAGGCGUGCUGUACCACCAGCAUCUCUCGAAAGAUGAAGCUCUCAUUUGCCUCAGGAAAACUGUCUGCAAAGUCAUGCCUUUAUAUUUUGAAAAGGAAGCAAUGAUGGACGGUGUUAAAGUCUACCGGUACAAUCUACCGGAGAACGUGUUUGAUCGCGUCAACAGGACGGACUGUUACGCAUCCGAUGUUCCACUCCCUGACGGGGUCAGUGAUGCGUCUAAGUGUUUUUCAGAUUUUCCAAUGGUGGCGUCUUACCCCCACUUCUAUACCGGAUCACCCCCUAAGGACAAAUACGUCACAGGAUUGAAACCGGAUCCGGCAAAACACAAUUCCUAUGUUUAUGUUGAACCGGUAACUGGCAUCCCUUUUAAGGCCGUUGCCAGAAUGCAGUGUAAUUUAAGAAUACACAAUUUGUCCAGUUUCUAUUCGCCAGAGCUCGAUAAAUUCUCCAAUAUGGUUUUACCAAUAGGAUGGAUUGAGUAUAAUCAGGAAGGCCUUCCUACAUACGUCCUGUACAUGGUGUACUUCAUGUUGGUCAUCCUACCUCCGCUGUCAACUGUCAUAUUCAUAAUGACAUUAAUUUUAGGGACGUACCUGAUAGCAAAACAAAUUUAUCGACGUAGAGUCAAAAGAGAGUCAUUAUCAUCAAUUUUUCAAUAUAAUAAAUCAAUUGUAGAUAAUUUGGAAAAUAAUAAAAUGUUGACUUACGAAAAAGAAGCGUUUUUAAGUAGAAUUUCUAAAAGUUAAGGUUCCGCCACACAAGUUAUUUGUCUGCCGUUAUUAGCAGGGUAUAAAAAAUAUUUGACGUUAAUUCUUCAUUAACGGCUAGUAAUAUAAUCAUUCAUACUUCUUCAACAUAUUUUGUGACAAUAUAUAUUAUUAGGAU